UAAAAGUUGGCAGACAAAUGAAGAGGGAGAAGGAGAGGAGAUUAAACCAUGAGAGAGAACCUUGACAGUAUGUCAUCUGGAAACAUGGCGUUCACUGACUGUAUGAAACCCACUGACCUGGACCUGUCUGCAGAGAAGAAGGGCAUCAAGAGGAAAAACUGGAGAAACAAAUUAAACUUCCUCUUGAAAACAAACUCUUCCCAGUCAGUGUUACAUCUAAUGAAAAAUAGAUCCUACAGGCCAAGUGCUGAUGACGUGAAACAAUGGGCGCAGUCGCUUGACAAGCUACUUAGUCAUAAAUAUGGGAAAGCUGCAUGUGUCUUCCUCAAGUCCGAGUUCUGUGAAGAGAACAUCGAGUUUUGGACAGCCUGUGAAGAAUUCAGGACACUCACAUCCCAUGAAGACAUGUUGUCCAAAGCCAACAGCAUUUACGAGGAGUUCAUUAAAAGUGAAGCUCCUAAAGAGAUAAACCUGGAUUUCCACACCAGAAACACCAUCGUCAAUAACCUCCAUGACCCCAGUGAGACCAGUUUUCUGGCGGCUCAGAGGAAAGUCUACAGCCUCAUGGAGAACAACUCCUACCCCAGAUUUAUCCACUCUGACCUGUACAAAGAACUGUGUGCAACUGCGCGGGGCGAGGGCAAGCACAUUAAGUCCUAGUCAAAGUCGGCACCUGCUCCUGAAGUCAUUUGUUUACCGCUGUGACUGUGUGAAUAGACCGUUGAUGAUGUUCAUUCCAGGCCCAGUUCGGAGAUAAUAGACCCAAAUGCAAAUCCUGAGCAUAAACAUUAACAGCGGGAGUGAAAAAUGCAAAACUGAAGCUGUUUUAGUCAUCCCACUGAAAGCUUUCAACAAUGACGUUUGGAUGAUUAGGGCGGAUGAAAUAUGCUGCUGCAAGCAUUUCUACCAGAUGGGAUUAAGGCUACAUCUUUACUUCUGAAUAGGCUACUACCUGCACUUUCUUCACAAUAUUAAAAAAAAAGUUUGGUGUUUCCAGUAAUGUUGCACAUGCAAGAAAUAGUAUUGUAGAACAGUAUGUUUCAUAAAACACUGUGGAGGCUGUGGUCGUCUGUCAACACUUUUAAUUCGGCCUCUGUUCUUCGUCAUGCAACAACACCGACAAUGCUAGAAUGUACAGUAUUUUCUGUGACAGACUUACAGUGAGCACUGGACGCUCUAAUCCUGCUUAUCAUUGGUUUGAUGUUUUGCUUUGACUGCAGCAGUUUACAAAAAGUGCCAUUUUAAUAUGCACUAAGGAUUGUUAUGAGGCCUAUGAUAUGACGUAUUUAACUGUAAAUACUGACGCUGUUUGAUGUAUUUAAUGUGCUUUUUUGUGGCAGCUGGACUGCUUAAAGAAAUAAAAUGUAUUGUUCACUGCUGA